CGUUAACACCAUUACCGGCAAAUUUAUCACCAUUAUGCGUUUCUUUGCUCUGCUCGCUUUUUGUCUGUUUGCUUUAUUGGCUCUGACCGGAGCCCAAUCUGAUGAAGAUGACUUCUGUCCUUGCCCCAGGAAUUAUGAGCCAGUAUGUGGCUCGGAUUCGCGCACCUAUGGCAAUGCCUGUGAAUUGAAGUGUGCGGCCAAACGGGCCUCCCGUCAAGGACGCAGCAUAUCCCUAGCCAGGAGCGGAAGUUGUUGAUCAAAUUUCAUAUUUCAAUCCAUUUAACAAAUAAAUAAAAAAGCUUUCAUUGUGAAUUUGAAA